AUGUUCGAAACUCUACCUCAACACGCACAACACCCGCAACCCUUUCAGCUUUUUCAGCAGCAAAGCCCUCAUUUCCAUACCCCGUGGAUGCCGGCUUCCCCGUCGCCGUUGGGGUCAUGUAACGCUAAUAUUCCGCGCGCAGCGAUCUUUUCGUCGAAGAUGGGGGGCAGUGGAACGAAUAAUCAGACUGCUACUAGUACUACUACUACAACGGGGAAGGAGAAUCACGUCGAAGGGAAUACCCAGAAUAUAUUUUCUAGUAGCACGUCGUCGUCCUCCUCGCCACGACAAUCCACGUUCGAACAACGCUUCAAAUCAUCCUCAUCAUCACGUCCAUUCGCGCGUAUCUUUGGGUCUUCGUCGUCCGAAGGUGGCACAGCAGCAUCGGCACGCGCCAACAAGCACCGCGCUCUCUUCCUGAACAAAGUCAAACAGGGUCGCGAAACGUCGCGUUUCAACGCGCGUGGAGAAUCCGUUAUGAUGAUGGAGCACCUCUCCGAGCAAAAGGAUUGGCGCGAGACGAUGCAGCGCAAAGCAGAUGCUAUUUAUCAGCAGUAUCAUUUGGAAGAGGGCGAGGUGUCGGGUGAUGAUGACGAUGUGGUUGAUUGUGAGCAGUAUGCGUUGGAGAUGCAAGAACAAGAAAUGGAGGCGCUGUUGGAGAAUAUGCCAGCAGACAAUAAUAACAAUAGCAAUAGCAAUGGCUUGACGUCGCCGGCAAAGAGUGUGCGCUCGUUUUGUGACGAUGAGGACGAGGAGUUGGAGGAGUUGUUUGAUCAGCUUGGGGGUGACUACUCGCAAGACAUGGACAUGUCGGGGUAA